UCUGCAAUCAUUAACAGGAUUCAGUGUAGGAUUGUGGCGUUAGAUCUCCGGGGCCAUGGAGAAACAAAAGUGAGGAAUCCUGAAGAUCUGUCUGCAGAGACUAUGUCAAAAGACGUUGGAAACGUGGUGGAAGCUCUGUACGGGGACCUGCCUCCCCCUAUCAUGCUGAUCGGGCACAGCAUGGGGGGCGCCAUCGCCGUGCACACGGCGGUGGCAAAUUUGGUGCCCAGCUUGCUGGGUCUGUGCAUGAUCGAUGUGGUGGAAGGUACAGCCAUGGACGCGUUGAACAGCAUGCAGAACUUCCUAAGGAGUCGUCCCAAAACAUUCAAGUCGCUUGAGAAUGCCAUUGAGUGGAGUGUAAAAAGUGGACAAAUAAGAAAUCUUGAAUCUGCCAGAGUCUCUAUGGUCGGUCAAGUCAAACAGUGCGAAGGGGCUGCCAGUCCUGAAUGUCCUAAAGCCAUAGUGGAGGGUAUUAUUGAAGAAGAGGAGGAGGAGGAAGAGGAUGAGGAAGGCGGAGGCUCUGUCAACAAGAGGAAGAAAGAAGAUGACACGGAG